CUUAAUGAGAUGCUCAUAAAUAUGCAUACCGCAUCGAAAACGAGGCUACCGUCGGUUUCGACGCACAACAAACAUGUCGGAUUUAGCGGAAUGUACGAAGUCGGUUGGUUGCGCAACGCGAGAUCUCAGUAUUGUCCCCCUCAUUACCUUCGGUUUUGUUGAAGAAACAAUAAAAACUUUAAACAAGAGUGAAGGAUGCAAAGAAGUUUCCAAGGGAUACAAAUAUUUCAGCGAGAAAUACAUCUCGGAUAUCAGAGUGUAUAAAUUGGAUGAUGGCUGUGUUGUUAAAGCUAGAUCCUACCGAUCACAGAAGAAAAAUGAGUCUCCACACACAAUUGAGAUACAUCUAAAAUCAGGACCAAUAUUUGAGAGAGAUGACAGCAGUUGCUCCUGUCCAAUUGGAACCUCUGGUGCAUGUGGUCACAUUACAGGUCUUUUGUAUACUCUUGCUCAUAUGAAAACAACUGGAAUGCUGGUUAUUCCAACAGAUGUAGCAAAAACCUCACUUCCACAAACAUGGCAUGUACCAAGAGGGGAAAAGGUAGCAGGGAGCUCCAUUGACAACGUUCGAGUGUUAGGUUUUGAUAUGAGGAACCCAUAUGUGCCACCUAGAGGAAUUCGAACAACAUUAUACAACCCUAUUGAAAAUGUGUCCGAACUACCUUUACAGGAAUUGUGUGAUAACCUUGAAGAAGUUGACGACACCUGUAUGCUUUUGAGCGUGGUAAAUUUAGAACGUCAAGAGAAAGUUGUAGACACGAAGUUUGGCAAAUUCCCCAAGGGGAGUCCACUUGCAGUGCAGCAAAAAAUGAACAGUAAUUUAAUUCUGAAUAUAUUGGAUGCUGAUGACUUUCCUAAAUUACCAUCUCAAAAUGUGAUGAUUAACAAUAUAUCUACUGUGUUAUCUGAAACAAAACACUUGAAAACUGACUCAUUAAGUGUCACUACUGAUGAGGCUUCAGAGAUAGAAUCUCUGACUCAGUUACAGUCCCAGGAUCCCAAAUGGCACAGGAUUAGGCUUGAUAGGAUAACGGCAUCUAUUGCUGGUUCCAUUGUCAAAAGGAGAAAAGACUAUGACCCCUUGGUGGAGCGACUAAGGACUUCCAGAUCUGUGGUGACAGCCAAUAUGAGACAUGGGAUAGCAUGUGAGCCUACAGCAGCUGAAGCAUUUGUAGCAAGGAUGAAUGACAAUGUCAACAUUUAUCCCUGUGGAAUAUGUGUCAGUCCAUGGUCACCUUGGUUGGCAGCAAGCCCAGACAGAAAGGUGUAUUGCCCUUCCCUUACUCCAUGUUAUGGUUUACUGGAAAUCAAGUGUCCUGUCAACCCCCUAUCACAAUGUGUUUACCUCAACAUGAAAAUGGGUUUAAACUGAAGAGGACACAUAACUAUUUUCAUCAGAUUAUGAUGCAGCUUGCGGUAACAGGACUAGAGUGGUGUUACUUGUUUGUUUGGACUUCAGAUGAAUCUCAUCUUGAGCUUAUAACAUUUGACUCAAGUAGAU